UUUAUAUUUUCAGUCGAACUUUCUCUCUCCUCCAAUUUUUCUCUCUCCCCUUCUCCUCUGAUCCUCUCUCGCCACCGCCUCCUCUCACCUUCCCUCCCCGCGAUCAAGACGUCAUCACCCUCUGCCGUCUCUAUCAUCUAUCCGUAUGUGUAUAUAAACUCCCACAACUAUUUGCAUUCCUUCCAAUUUGUGAGUCUCGACUCUCCUGGAUAGAUACUUCGCAGAUCCACCUGGCUUCGCUCCCUUACUCGGAGUUCCAAUCCCUCCACAAAUUUACCCACGAGAGUGAAGAACUACCUCCACAAAUUUACCCACGAGAGUGAAGAACUAUGUGGGAGUGCCACGGACUUGCUAACCUUGUCUUUUAGACAGAAAUUUUAUAAAAUAAAAUAACUGAGUUUGACACUGUUUUCAUUGAUUACCCAUUUAAGUUCCUGUCAUAGAGUUGUUUGUUUCUCUUUCUUGCCAGUCUUAUAAAAGAAGAAUAUUUGUAUUGUAUUUAAUUUAUGAAAUGUUUUAUCCGCAUGAAUAAUUCGGUUAAAUUUUUUAUUUUUUAUUUCUAAAGAUACUACGUAUCCUUACAUGGUUAAUAUUAGAGACCAGUUCAUUAUUGGUUAUAAUGUGAUUCUCCAACUUUGACAUUGGUGGAGCCACCUUAUCAUUCACUACCAGGUGGCGCCCCUCCUCAAAUUUCUUCGCAUAGUACUAUUUUACUUUCUAGUUCUGCAAUUUUGUUUUCUGAAUUUCCCCACAUAUGCCUUAUCCCAAAUUCUCAGAAGUUCCUCACAUAUAAUUUCUCCCUUUCCUAUUUGUAUUCCUGGCUCCGCCCCUGAACUUAUAUGUAUAUGUGGUAAAUUCUACCCGAAGUCAUCACACAGCAGUUGGCACACCGUUUAGGGUGGUCGGGCCACUGCAAGUUGUUUGGAUGACAUUGACACUUCGGUUGAACAAUGAAUUCAAGUAUGUUGGCUGGAGAGCGGAGAUGGGCUUCUGGAAGAAGGGGUGGCAUGACCGUGUUGGGGAAAGUUGCUGUUCCAAAACCAAUAAACUUGCCAAGCCAACGGUAUUGCAUCCUGAUCACCCAACCCAUUUCUCAUCCUUUCUUGUUCUUUCUUAUUUCCUGUUUUCUAAUAGCGUCUUUGAUUUCAUUUUAAGAUUGGAGAAUCAUGGUUUGGAUCCUAAUGUUGAAAUUGUUCCCAAGGGUACUGUUAGCUGGGGAAGCCGUUCAUCUUCAGCUGGUUCAGGUCCAUGGAACUCUUCAUUAUUGUCACCAAAUGCUGAUGGUGGCACUGUUUCACCUAGUCAUCUCAUUGGCCGCCCUUCAUCAGGUGGAAGUGGUACACGACCAUCAUCCUCAGGCAGUGAUAGAACUCAUGAUCAUGUUCCAAAUGCAUGGUCUGCAAACUCUAGACCUUCAUCUGCUUCUGGGACGUUGUCAUCAAACCAGACAUCAUCAUCAUUGCGUCCUAGAAGUGCAGAAAACCAACCUAAUAGCUCACAGCUUUCAAGAUUCGCUGAGCCUGUGUCCAAAUCUUCUGUAGCAUGGGGUUCAAGUGGUACCGCAGAAAGAUUGGGGGUGAAGUCCAUGAAGGAGGAUAGUUUCUCUCUGACUUCUGGAGACUUUCCAACCCUUGGUUCUGAGAAAGAUAAUUCAGUAAAAAAUGUUGAAACAGAAGAUAGCCGCCCUAGCUCUGCUUCUGGUAGAACAGCUCAGGCCAACAAAGAUGGCAAUAUACCCCUUGCUGAUGUCAAACAUGGAACUGUCAAUACAUGGAGGGCAGAAACUACCCAACAUGCUGAGGAUGAUAUCCUUCCUAGCAUGGAGAAGUGGCAAGGGGAUCCCCAUCAAUAUUAUCCAAAUACUGCCCCUCAGCAAUUUGAGGGGUGGCAUGGUCCUCCUAUGAAUGACCCAUCUGGUGGUUGGUAUGGGGGACGUCCUCGAGGUCCUGCUUUUGGGGCUCAUGUCCCCCCUGGUGGCUUUCCGAUGGAACCAUUUCCUUAUUAUCGACCUCAAAUUCCGCAUCCACCUUUGGCAGGUUCCCAGCCAGCUCAGCAGCCGGGUCCUCGAGGACCCCACCCUAAAAAUGGGGAUUUAUACAGGCAACAGAUGCAUGAGGCCUACCCUCGACCAGGUAUGCAGUUUGGGCCUAAUUUCUACCCAGGACCCCCAGGUCCCAUGUGCUUUGAGGGUUACUAUGGGCCACCUAUGGGCUAUUGCAACAAUGAACGUGAUAUGCCUUAUAUGGGCAUGCCAACAGGACCCCAUAUUUAUAAUGGUUACCCAGCCCCUGCUCCCGAUAGAAGCAAUUCUCAAGGUCGAGCUACUGCGCAUGGCCCUAAUGGAAAAACAAUGCCAGAACAAGUGGAGGCCGGUCAUUCAGGGCAAACACGCGGACCAAAAAGAGUUCCUGUAAACAUCCAUAAUGAGUCUGAGGAGGAGGAAGGAGAUCAUUGGGAACAUGUGCCACCUAAUAUUUCGCAUCAUGGGAAUAUUCGGUUUCCCACAUCUUCUCAAAAGACUGAGUGGGGUGCGGAAGAGGUUCCAGAAGAAUCUGUAUCCACCAGGAGGAUGGCACCAAAUCAGAACCCUUCCAACAGUCGUGGAAAUAGAAUUCAUUCAGCAAACCACAUAAAAGUGAAGGCAUUUGAGGGAAUGUCCAAUACUAAAGGACUUGAGGAUAACUGGACAAAUGGAUCUGAAAUUCCACCUUCUUUUCCUUCUGUUGUGCCUCAGUUAGCUGUUUCUAGUGAGAGACAUACUGUACCAGAUACAACAAAAAAUGCAGCACUGCUACAUAAAAUUGAUGGCUUAAAUGCAAAAUUUCGUGUUUCUGAUGGAUGGAGUGAUUCCAUGAAUGCUGAUAUUAGAGAACAAGAAAAGACGGGGGCUCAAAUAGUUGAUUUGAAAGUUAAUAAUUGCACCAGGGAAGUUGGUAAUGCUGCAGCUGCUGUAGCUUCUCAUAGGAUUACUGUUUCCAGAAACUCUGCUGCCCCCGAUGAAGUGACUGUUCCUUGGAGAUCAUAUCAAGGUGGGCAUCCUAGAGUUGAUUAUCGUGGUAAAGGAAAGUUCAACAGCCAGGAAACUGAUGGAUGGCGGAGGAAGCCUCUCAGCAAUGAUUCCUCAAAGGCAGUUAUAGCUUCAAACAAUGAAUCUACCCCACAUAUUCAUUUUUGUGGCCCUAAUAUUGUUGGGGAGGCUUAUGAGAAUUCUACGAUGGAUCUGGUAGGAAAUGCUGAAGGCGAUUCGGCUGAAGUAUGCGAUUCUGCUGAUAUUCAGGCACAGCGUGCCAAGAUGAAAGAGUUAGCCAAGCAACGCUACCUGCAACUGCAGAAGGAAGAGGAAGAGCGAGUAAGGGAGCAGAAGGCCAAGGCUCUUGCUAAACUAGAAGAAUUGGACCGCCGAAAACUAUCAGGUGAAGCUUCAAACCAGAAGGCUGAAAGAACUCCGGUCAUUGGUGACUUCGGGGUGGAACAUCAAGAAGUGCAUACAGUUAUAGGCACUGUGAUUGCUGAACUCAAGACUAAUGAAUCUGGCUUUAACUUAGUUUUGAGUCCUGCUGUUACUUCUGCGGGGACAGAUAGCAACACAAAUCAGGCUGGAGAUUCGACUGAAGUGUCGAGGGACUUGCACAUGCGGAUACAACAAAAAGGUUUAGUGGAAUCUAAUGUGGCUCCUUUGUCUAGAAUUGAAGACUCUGAGGAUGGAAGUACUAAAAAAGUAGUAUCACAACCAGAUGAUAGAGGAAACUCCAGACACAAGCGAGCAGGCUACAAACAGAAGCAGAAUAAUGUGUCGCAGAAAGCUGUAUAUAGCCCUACAUUUGAGGUGCAAAAAGAUAAUACUCUUGCAGCUGUUGCUGAUAUGCAUGAGCCUCCAUCAAGUGACUCAAAUGUGCUGAGCACAUCCAAUACCGUGGUUGAGCCAUCAUCCCAGCAGAGAAAGAGAAUCAAUCGGAGUAAUAAAUCUAAACCCAAACCCGAAGAAACACAUAGUCUUUCUGCUUUACCACGAGUAACAUCUAACAUUACUCAUGCAGAUGAGUCACUUGACAACGGUGGAUCUAAUGAUUUGGUGUCAAAUUUGGGUGUGCCAAUCUCAGCAGUGCAUGAGCCUGAUACAGCAGUGCACACUCGGGAGCACUCUUCUGUACCCAGUGAGGAAUCCCAGAGCAAAGUAUCGAGUCAGUGGAAACCAAAUCGCAGAAUUCCCAAAAAUCAACAGGGCCAUAGAUUUACAGACAAGCAUAGUGAUACAGUUGUUUGGGCUCCUAAGGCUAAGGGUUCAGAAGAAGUGAGUCAAAAGACUCAAAACUCUCUGCAGGAAUCUACUGAUUCAGUAAAGAGUAAUAAUGUGGCACAGAAUAGUUCGAAAGGCAAGAGGGCUGAAAUGGAGAGAUAUGUUCCAAAGCCACAGCUGGCUCAGCAAGGAAAUUCUCUGUCUUUGUCAUCCUCAGUUAGUUCAUCUAGAUCAACUGAGGAUGCUUCUGGGGAACAAUUGGGGUCAGCUAUUUCUGCAAAUGUCAGGUCUAACUUGGAGAUGAAUGUGGGGGAUAGCAGCCAUAGCAAGAACAAAAAAGAUCACGGGAGUUUGAAAAAACGUGGUUUGAUAGAUUCAUCCGAGAUGAAGAGCGUGCCUACUGGUCCAACAGAUACUUCUCAAGUGAAGGCUGCCCGUUCUGCGCAAUCUGAGCUUGUGCAUUUUGGGAGAAGUGAAUCAAAUAGAGUGAAUUCUGAAAUCAAAAUCUCUGGUGCCAACUAUAUGUCUGCAGAUUCAACCUCAGCUGCCGUGAGCAAACAUCCUUCAGUGAAAGAUCAGGGUGCAACAGGCAGAGGAAAGAGACAUCCGAUAAGGGGUCCAAGAAGCAGUGGAAAUAAUCCUGAUUUUGAGAACACUUUACAUGGUGAAGUUGAUGGAAGUUUGUCUUCAGUACCGGAUGUGAACCAGAUGGAUAAAUCUAUUAUUUCAAAAGAGAAUCGUAGCUUUGGGGAGCGAACAUCCACUCAUUGGCAGCCCAAGUCCAGCCCAAGUUCUGCUAAUCAUCAAGGAAAUAGAAACGGUGGAAGUGAAUACAUUACUUUGGAAACUAAUAGGGUUCCGAGGAAGAGUGCUCCUCCGCAUAAGAUGCAAACAUCGCUCCAACAGAAUAGGGAGAGUAGCAACUCUAGCCAACCUCAGCUUCAGCCAGGCCAAUCUGUUAACGUCAGAAGUAAUGUGGCUGGUGAUUCAGUUGCUCAUCGCCUUCAAGACCUUGACAGAGAAAAGAAGCCUGCUACAGUAAAAGGAAGUGCUUACUCCCCAAACCAAGAUCUAGUUGGCACUGGUGAAUCAUCUCUUACUAACACAGAUGAUCUGCUUGAGCACAAUGUCACGUCAGGAUCUAGGAGAACUGGAAGGCAAAACAGUCGGCCUGUUAGAGGCCAUGAAUCCCUUGGAGAAUGGUCUUCAGAGCAUGAAAACAGGUCACAUAAUGCCCCAGCAUUCCGGGACAGGCAGAGGCAGAAUGUGCACUUGGAGUACCAGCCUGUUGGACCUUUCAAGGCUCACAAACCUGAAAAUGUGGAGGAGCUAGCGGAUGGAGGAGCUGAUACUGUGGACCAAAGGCACAUGGAAAGAAGCCAGAGUCACUCCAAACGUGGAGGAAACUACUACAGGAAAUAAAAGUGUCUCAUUUCACGUAACCUGGUCAGGAGAUGGGAUUUACAAGAUAAUCUUCCAAUUUGUUGCCUUUGCUUGAUUAGGUAUCUUCAUUUUCUCUUGUCGUGAUAAAUAGAACGGUAGUUUAUCUGUUAACAGGUGGCACGUGCACUGAGCAGCAGGAUUAGAGGCCAGGUUAGGGCACGCACCUUUGAGGGAUGCGGUAUGUUAGAUCGAGGAAAUGAGACACGAUAACCCAUUUAAAAAUUGUAACUGGUGCGCGAUACACUGCAAUGUGACGUAUUUUCACAUGCAGCAUUUUGUGCAUCUGGUAAUCUAAUGUGUGCCUGAGUGCAGGCCAAAAAAAAGGUUUAGAGAGUAGCAUUCCAUAUUUUUGCUGGAA